AGAAGAAGAAGACUUUUAUUUUGAUACAGGCCGGCAGUGACAUCACUUGGUCACUGUCGCUGCCUCCAUGCUGGAGUUGAUGUAACAGGCGUGUGGAUCGAUCAUUGUGCCGGUGUUUGAGAUUCAUUGAUCGGAUAAACGGCGAUCAGACGGAUCUGUCAGCAGACAUGUCGUACUGCAAGCAGGAAGGUAAAGAUCGCAUCAUAUUUGUCACAAAGGAGGAUCAUGAAGCACCCAGUAAUGCUGAGCUUAUCGAAGAUGAUCCAAAUGAUCCAUAUGAGGAUCACGGUCUUAUUCUCCCUAAUGGUGAUAUAAACUGGAACUGCCCGUGUUUGGGUGGUAUGGCCAGUGGCCCUUGUGGACAGCAGUUCAAGGAAGCCUUUUCUUGUUUCCACUAUAGUAAAGAAGAGGUAAAGGGUUCAGAUUGUGUGGAAAACUUCCGGAGUAUGCAGGAGUGUAUGCAGAAGUACCCUGAGCUCUACCCUCAGGAAGAUGACAAUGACAGCGCCCCCUCUGGUGGGGCGGAUACUGCGCCCACAGACUCUGUCCCUACAUCCUCUCCUGAUUCCACACCAGCAACCACAGAGAACCCAGCAGCUAGCUAAUAUUAUUUUGGCUUCAUUCCCUUCACACCUCACAGCAAAGACAGCUUCACUUUUGAUUAUGAAGAGAUGAUAUCUAACUACGCCACUGGAUCGAUGCUCUCUACCUGACUGCAUGGUGUACAGAGAUACAGGAAGCCCUUAAAUGUCAGGUUUUGUGAAUCACAUAUUUGAAUUACGUUCACAUGCACUUAAGGGACCUAUAAAAAAAUUUAAAAAGAGGAUCUGUAUGAGUGGCAGGUCAAUUUACACUUGGCCUGUGAAACAUUAGCUGUCAUUUGAACCAUCCGGCUUUGUAUUUUCUGGUUAUUAUUUGCUCCACAACCUAAGCUUAGCUUGUUUGACUUGUGUGCUACAACGGAUCAAAGGCCAAUUGGCAUUGGAGAUUGAAUAAACAAAACAAAUAAACAUUUCAUGUGCUGUUUUGUUGUAGAACACGGUUAAACAAUUUUAUAAUGAAGUAAUGUUCUGUUGCUGAUGUGUUCGAAAGCAUGUAGCCCAAGGUUGCACACAAAGUACAAACAUUUGG